CCCUGUCACAUCCUUAACCAGCCUAUUUCCAUGUGCCCACUAUAGUUGUUUUCUUUCUUCAUCAACGAUGACCACCUCCUCCAAAAUACUAAAAUCAAACCUAGGGUUUUCUGAACUUUCAAUGAGCCCCUCAUCUUUCUCUUCUCUCAUCUGGAUUUCAAUCUAAUCAGUAUGUAGAGUACAGUAAUUCUCUCAAAUUCAAUUGAAUUUUAUUCUGUUCUAUUCUUUUCAAAUACAUGGAACAACAGCAGCAGCAGCAGGUGGAGGAGUAUAGACCUUCUAGUCAAGAAGAUACAGAGCAGCUGAUUUUUGACAAUUCUUUAAGUGGCUCCGACCUUAUGACCAUCGAUCAAUGCCAGACGAUUCGGGAAAUGGAUGAUUCGCUGCUCGUUGGACCUUCGCCUGCAGUAGCGGCAGUGACAGGAGAUGUUACUAUGCCGGAUAUAAAGGUUAGAACUGUAGCUAAAGUUGCGGUUGCCGAUAUAAGUACGGUCAAGCGGAAGCGUGGUCGGCCUCCGAGAAUUCAUGGGAAAACCAGGCCACCAACUCCGUCCCUGAUUAAGAAGAAAGAUGAGGAGGAUGUUUGCUUUAUUUGUUUUGAUGGUGGCAGCCUCGUGCUUUGUGAUCGCCGGGGCUGCCCUAAGGCAUAUCAUCCGGCUUGUAUCAAGAGGGACGAAGCAUUCUUUAGAUCAAAAGCUAAAUGGAAUUGCGGAUGGCAUAUAUGUAGCCGUUGUCAGAAGGCUUCACAUUAUAUGUGCUAUACUUGUCCAUACUCCUUGUGUAAAGGAUGCACCAAAGAUGCUGAUUAUGUGUGCGUAAGAGGGAAUAAAGGAUUUUGUGGAACAUGCAUGAGAACGGUAAUGCUGAUUGAAAAUAUUUCGCUGGGAAAUACAGAAAUGGUUCAAGUGGAUUUUGAUGACAAAAGUAGCUGGGAGUAUCUCUUUAAGGUCUACUGGGUUUACUUGAAAGCUAAGCUAUCUUUAACAAUAGAUGAGCUUACUAAAGCUAAAAAUCCUUGGAAGGGAGAUGAACUACCUAAAACUAGAAAUUCCUGGAAAGGAGCUGGCAUUGUGGUUCCUAAGGAGGCAUCUUCAGGUGAAACUUAUCAUGGUAAUGAUCAGAAAGGCUCUUGUUUAGACAACUGCUGUGAAAAUGUUGAGGCAAAUCAUUCUAAGAGAAGAAAAACUAAGGAUCAGCCAAACCUUCUCAAUGAGAACAACUCUCCAGUUGUGGAAAAAUUAGACGUUGACAUAGUCGCACCUUUGCCAGAAGGAACAACAUGGGCAACAAAGGAGCUCUUGGAGUUUGUAGCACACAUGAAAAAUGGAGACACAUCUGUGCUAUCUCAGUUUGACGCCCAAGGUCUUUUACUGGAAUACAUAAAAAGAAACAAUCUUCGUGAUCCUCGACAGAAAUGUCAAAUUGUUUGUGAUUCAAGGCUCAUGACUCUGUUUGGAAAGCCACGUGUGGGUCAUUUUGAAAUGCUGAAGCUUCUUGAAUACCACUUUCUUAUAAAAGAAAAAUCUCCAGCUGAUGAUGUUGUUAGAGUGGGAGUUGCUGAUGCUGUUGGGGGCCAGUUAGAGGCUUCUGGAAGCAUUGAUAGUCAAUUGAUUACGAACAAUGACAAAAGGCGUAGAACGCGUAAAAAGAUGGAUGAGAGGGGACCACUGAUUCAUCCAAAUCCAGAUGAAUAUGCAGCAAUAGAUGUUCACAAUAUUAAUUUGUUGUAUUUAAAGCGUAAUUUGGUGGAGAACCUAUUGGAUGACUUUGAGAAGUUCCAUGAAAAGGUCGUUGGGUCAUUCGUGCGAAUUAGAAUUUCAGGUGUUGAUCAAAAGCAAGAUAUGCAUAGGCUUGUCCAAGUUGUAGGUACUAGCAAGGUGGCUGAAUCAUAUAAAGUUGGCUCAAGAACAACUAAUAUCAUGCUUGAGAUAUUAAAUUUGGACAAGAAAGAGGUUAUAUCAAUUGAUGGAAUUUCAAGUCAGGAGUUUUCAGAGGAUGAAUGCAGACGUUUACGCCAGAGCAUAAAAUGUGGGCUUAUCAAACGGUUGAAAGUGGGUGAGAUUCAGGAGAAAACAAUGGCACUUCAACAUGUCAAAGUUAGUGAUUGGCUGGAAGCAGAAAUAUCACGGCUUAAUCAUCUUCGUGAUCGAGCUAGUGAGAAGGGACAUAGGAAAGAGCUUAGAGAAUGUGUGGAAAAAUUAGAGCUUCUGAAGUCACCCAAGGAACGUGAGCGCAGGCUGCUUGAGAUUCCCAACAUACACUCAGACCCAAGUAUGGAUCCAAGUCAUGAAUCGGAGGAAGAUGCUGGAGAAUCAGAUGAAAAGAAUCCAGGUGACCAUGUGAGACCAAGAUUAACUUGUGUUGGUAGAAAUGGUGCAGAGCUUAAUUCUUCACUGAGAGAAGUUGACGAGGACGUAGGAAACAGUGCAGAAAAGAAUUUGGCUACUGCAUGUAAACGAAAUAAAAGCAUGUGCAUUUUUAAUAUGGAUAACGAUGGUACUACUCAGGUUCAUGAGAGAGUUGGUGAAUCCACAUGGAGUCAUGGAGGGGGAGUAUUCAGGCUAAAUAGUCAGAAUACAUCAAGGAACCAGUUAGGUGCUACCAGCUCAGUAGCUAGUGAUUGGAAUAGUCAAGCAGCUUUACGAUCUGAAUCACUUCCCGGGCUUGUUAUAUUGCCGCCUUUUUCUUCAGGGAGAGAGCCAUCUGUUAUCGACUUUGAGACGGAAAAACUGUGGCGCUAUCAGGAUCCAUCUGGAAAAUUUCAAGGGCCAUUCUCCAUGCUCCAGCUGCGUAAAUGGAAAACCAGUGGGCUUUUCCCUCCUGAUUUCAGAGUAUGGAGAAUAUAUGAGAAGCAAGAUGACUCUAUUCUUUUGACUGAUGCAUUGGUUGGCCGGUUCCCUAAAGGGCCGCUUCAGCAUUGCAACAGUUAUUUACUGCCUCAGGAAACAACAGUUGCCUCUAAUGAUGCAUGUAAAAGGUGGGGACAUGGGCUCAGUCAGAGUACUGAUGUAACUUGGAUAGACAAUAAAGGAGUUGAUCAUGACCUGAAGCCGGUGCAGAAUGGUGUUAGUGUCCAUGGUAAUGGUGAUAAUGAACUGGUAAAGAGUAAUGAGUUGGGCUUCCAUUCUUCCACAGGGACUAAGGCUGUGGAUGUUGCAAUUACCAAUACUGCACUGGCUAAAAGUUCCUUACAAGGUUGGGAAUUGUCCAAAGGUGGCAAGUCUUGGGCUGGCCUCUCACCUCCACCUUCUGGGAAGCUUUUUGAAACUCCAUUGCUUCAAGCAAGGGAAGGGCAUGGGGAUGAAAAAUGGAGUUCCAAUCCAUGCCAUGCAGAUGGAAAUUCACACACAACCACUAUGGGUCGAACUAAUAUCGAUGAGAAAUAUAAACAUGCUGACAGUGAGGGUUACUCGAGCCAAUCCUCUGGACAGAACUGGGGAUCUCAAGCCAUAAACAGUUCCUCAAGUGGAUGGGAAUCCAAUUCUGGUUUUGUGUCUGGGGCCAAGUCUAGUGAGAAAUCUGAGCAGAAUCAGAAAAUAGGUUUCUCUGAUCUGCCUAGUCCAACAGCAAAGCAUAGCGAUGGGGAUUUGAAAGGUCAGGCUGCUGAUAACAAACUGUCUGUUGGUUCAAAUGUUCCUGUCCAGGAUUCGGGGCCUAGUUGGAGCACUGCGUCCAGUUUAGUGGUUGGUGGUGGACAGCAUCGUGAAGUAGCUGGUGACUGGGGUGGAUAUUCUCCUACUCCUGCCAAACCUUCUGUUGAGGAAUGGGAUUCAAAUCUUGUAAAUGCAUCUUCUCUGAAACCGACUGAAGGGGUCAGUGAUCAUGCUGCUACUCCAACUUCAGGAAUUGGCCAACUGACACAUUCUUCCCCACAAUACCCCACAAUUGAUACAUCUACUUGGCAGCCGAUGGUUCCUGAACCCAAUGAGUUCUGCUCUUUAGUUGAUGAAUCUGUUUCAGACCUUUUGGCUGAAGUUGAAGCAAUGGAAUCUCUUGGUGGAUUACCUUCUCCUACAUCAAAAAUGAGCUGCGGUGGGGAAUUGACGCCAGGUUCUGAUGAUGAUUGCUUUAGUCCUGUUGAGCCAUUUAGCCCAGCACCUGAUCCAGGGAGAAGUGAUGCACUGAGCUCCACUGGUGAUGUACAAAUGCCUUCUCAAUUGACUGCAUCCGAUGAACCCCUUCGGCUAUCUCUCAUGCCUUCUCAGCCAACUGUAACAGAUGAACCGCACACAAUAACUCAAAUGUCUUCUCAGUUGACUGUGACCGAUAAACCUCACCAGUUAUCUCGGAUGCCACCACAUUCCGUUGCACCAGAUGAGCCACUCGGGGCAUCUCCAGUUCCUUCUAAGUCGACUUUAACAGAGGAGUCACUUGGGUUAUGGCAGACUAAUGUUCUUGAUCCUCAAAAAAGCUUUAGUGGGCAUUCCUCCUCAAGUGCUGAAGUAGAGGGAGAUGCAAAGCGCAGUGACGUUUCAGUUAACCAAUGUUCAGAAAUAGAACCUCUGGCAUCUUCAACCGUUAACCAAGGUGAAGCAGGUUCGGACACCCAGAGUCCUACUCCAUCAGCGGUUAGCCAAUUGGAAGCUGGUUCUGACACACGGCAUCCUGAAUCUUCAACAGCAGAUGCUAGCUGGGGAACUGUAAAAGGAACUGCAAACUUGGAUAGGGGAGCACCUCAAGGAAAUAUGAACAUGGCAUGGGGGACUGGUCAUGGAUCAGCUCAGCAACAAACUAAUUCAAAUCCAGCCAUUUCUACAGGUGAUGUAGGCAGUUGGGGAAACCAACCAAGAAAUGGUGACAACAGAUAUUCUGGUCCAAGAGACCACCUUAAUAACUAUUUUCAAGGUCGAGAUUCAGGUUUUGGUAGGGAUAGGUCAUCAUGGAACAGGCAGCCAACAUAUGGUUACGGAAAUGGAGGAGGAGGUUCUUUCAAGCCUCAGGGUAAAGGGCAGCGAGUAUGUAAAUUUUACGAAAACGGGUACUGCAAGAAGGGGGCAUCAUGUAGUUAUUUGCACCCAUGAUAAUGUUAGAAUCCAGUUCCACGCAAUUGGUGUGCAUUCAAUUAUUUAAUCACCAAUUGUAUUAGGAAGUUUGGCCGUGUCAAUGUUCUAAUUUAACAUGUAAAAGUAUUAAAGUGGCACAACAUUUGUUCUUUGGAUAGUUCAGUUUAGAGCUGCGUGUUGCAGCAGAUAUAAAUUCUUUUUUCCGUUUA